AUGACAAAGGAAAAAAUUUUGCCGACUAUUGGCUUUAUAGUGGCAGCUUAUAUCUGGACAAAUGUUGCUUAUAGAAAAGGCAAAAUUUUGGAAAUUGAGUAUUUUUCUAUGUGAAUUGGGUAUAUGCUGAAAAGGUCAAUUGAUGCUCUUUUCAUACACAUUAGGUCAAAUCAACAAGACACAAACUUAUUUAUGUUUUUUAUGGAAUGAACUUAUUUAUGGUCCUUUUCUUCGAAUAUUUCUAAUGAAAUCUAUACUCCAGAGUUUAUUAGACCUGAUAAUUGGAUUAUUAUAUUAAAAUUAAAUUAAAUUGUUAAACUGGCCAUAAGCGGGUUUACCCACUUCCCUUUGCAUCAUCUCAGCUCCAAGAAUAGCAGUCUCCAUAAUCUCGGAGUUUCAGCGUGCUCUACCUGCUCUAUAGACAGUGCGCCUCGUAGUCCAAUUUCUGUCAACGCCACCAUUAUAUUUCUUAUUAUAUUAGGAAUUCUUAUUUUUUCAGUUGGACUUAUCUGUAAUACAUAUGUCCAUCUCCAGCUGAGAUCAUUUAAAAAGGCUAAUAAUGGUGUUAAAUUGAUUCCAACAGGAUUUUUAUUUGAAUAUGUAUCAUGCCCACAUUACUUUUUCGAGCUACUUACAUGGCUAGGAUUCUAUAUUGCAUCCCAAACUAUGUACUCCUUAAUGUUUUUAAUGACAGCUUUAUUGAUUACUACUACUUGGGGGAAAUCAAAACAUAUGAACUAUAUAAAACAGUUUAAUGGAGAAAAAGACAAGCCAAAAUACCCAAAUAGAAAGAUAAUAAUUCCAUUUAUUUACUAA